AUGGCUACCAGACCGCAGCCGUUGGGUGUGGAGCCGGAGGGAUCAGCAGAGCCGUUCCGCGGUCCUGAGGGGGCCGGAGGGCAGCACAUGUCCACAGAGAAAAUUGAAGACUUAAUGGAAAUGGUGAAAAGGUUGCAGAAAGUAGGAAGUCUAGAGCCCCGGAUUGAGGUCCUGAUCAACCGCAUUAAUGAGGUUCAACAAGCAAAAAAGAAAGCUGGUGAGGAGCUCGGAGAGGCCCAGACUGUCUGGGAUACCCUGCAGAAGGAACUGGACUCAUUACAUGAAGAGAAGGAGCGUCUGAAGGAUAUCUUGAACAAAAAGCAAGAAACCCUGAGGAUUAUGCGGCUGCACUGCCAGGAGAAGGAAAGUGAGGCAGAGAGGAAGCACAGCAUGUUGCAGGAAUGUAAAGACAGGAUUUCUUUCCUGAACUCUCAGAUCGACAAUGAAAAGGACAAACUAAGACGACUGAGGUUGGAUUUUGAAGAACAGCUGGAGACUUUGAUGAGCCAACAUAAGGACCUCUUGGAAUUUCAUAAGCCUGAACACUUGGCAAAGGAGACGGAUGAUUUGGACAGCAGCAAGGAGCAGCUGCUCAAGGAAGAGAAACUGAUCGAGUUAAAGCUGGAGGAUGUGAAACAUCGGCUGUUUGCUGUGUGUGGGCCUGAGGAGUCUUCCAGCUUUGCUGAUGGGCUCUUCCUCCGAAGCCACGAGGCAGCUGCAGCAAUGCAGAUGUUCAGGGAGGAGAACCAGAAAGCUGAGGAGCUCCUCGAGGCUGCAGCUCAGCACCACCAGCAGCUGCAGGAGAGGUGCCAAGAGCUACAGCAGAAACGGCAGAUGCUGAAAGAAGAAGUGGAAAAGCAUGGGUUACAGAUCCUUUCUCAAGUUCAGAAUAUGCAAGAUGAAGGAGACAGCUUACAGAGGAUGGCCAGUCCCAAGCCCUUAGGAGUCCAUGAGGAGAAAGUCCAAGAGCACCCACCAAGCAGGACCUGA